UCAAUCUCUUAUGGUGCAUUAUUGUCAUGUAAGAUGCAUAUAGCGAUAAACUACAGUAUAUCCUGGAACAUCUAGACCUAAGGAAGCCAAUGACCCAAAUCUGCCCGUGCUGCCCACACUGUUCCUGGAGCCCAUCUAGCUGCUGUCGGUGGAAUGGGGGCAACGAGGCAACUAGCCUGAACCAGAGCUCCAGGAUUAUUGGGCGUCAGAAAAACCUUUCUUACAUGGUUUACUGUAACUAGACAAAAACUCUUAUCUGGACCUUCUAAUGGUCAAAUGGUUUGAUUCUCGCAGUGGUUAGUUGGUACUGUAAGGUGAUGUUGUAAAAGAUGCCCUCAGUCUAUUUUCAUACACAUUACAUGAUGAUAAUGACAGUAGAGAGAGCAUCACUCAGAAUAUGAUGAUGAAGACAAACAUGCAGGAACAUCAUGUUGUAAGGCACCAUGCCCAUUCAUACAUACGCAACCCACAGCCACUGCCAUGCGUUUGGUUUGGUGAAGGAAAUUAUUUGAAUUUGUAGUGUUAGAGAGAAACAGUGAGGCUCCCUCCCUCCGUCACCGACAAGCCUUCGCGCUAAACCAAGAGCCUUGAAGAGCGUCUCGUGCAUACGCACCUGCUUUCUUGGAGACAUCCGCCCGGGAGAAGGAUGAGGAGAUGGCAAGCGUAGUUUUAUAUAUAUUUGGUGCAAGGCGUCGAACGCCUGUCAUUCAUAUGAUGCUUCUCCUUACUAAAUUCAGUGGGAUCUAAUAAACAAAAAGCACAGCACCUCACCCUACUCAAGCCCUUCAGAUCAGAGAUCAGGAACCAUGGAACCGACGUCCUCCAGGCAGCAGUAUGGCUCCAAAAAGCGAGUCAAGAUCCACCCCAGCACCGUCACAGUGAAGUACGACACUCACUCGCCCCAGCCAGGCGACGAGGGCUACGACGACGCGCCCUCCUUCGAGGACUUCACCUCCUUCAUGGACCAGACUCCCCCCGGCAGGCGGCCGGCGAAGGAGGGCGGGCAGGGCAGGACUUUCUUUGGCACCAUGGACACACGAGCGCAGGCCUCUGGAGCCGGCACUGAGACCACGCUGGACAGAGGGGUGGGCAGUCAGCUCCAGAGCUUUGGUGAGGCCUCAGUGCUGGCCUCACGGGUCACCUGGGGCGCACUGUUUGGGGCAGCGGUAGCCCACGGAUGCGUAGCUCUCAUUACACGCCUAGCAGCUGACCGCUCCAAUGUGCCCUCGCUGGAGCUCAUCUUCAUCCGCUCCGUCAUCCAGGUGUUGUCAGUGGCAGUGGUCCUCUAUCGCAAGGAGGCCCCCUUCGGCCCUAAAGGCUACCGGCUGAAGCUCUUCCUCUAUGGCGUUUGCAAUGUCAUCUCCAUCACCUGCGCGUACACCUCCUUUGCCAUCGUGCCACCCAGCAACGGCACCAUCAUGUGGCGCGCCAGCACCACGGUCUUCAGUGCAGUGCUGGCCUUCCUGCUGCUGGAGGAGCGGCUGGGCUACACCGACGUGGUGACGACCGUGGGCAGCAUCUUUGGCCUGUGCCUGGUCAUGAUCCCAAACAUUGCCGAAGAGGACAAGUCGCCGCUGGGCUUCUGGAAGGAGGCCUUUGGAUACACGAUGACGGUGAUGGCGGGCCUGACCGCGGCCCUCUCCAUGAUCGUCUACCGGGCCAUCAAGGAUCGGGUGAGCAUGUGGACGGCGCUCUUCACCUUCGGGUGGACGGGCACGGUGUGGGGCGCGUCCACCAUGUUCGUCAUGCAGGAGCCCAUCAUCCCUCUGGACGGGGAGACCUGGGGUUACCUCACCGGCAUCUGCAUCUGCUCCACCGUGGCGUUCCUGGGGGUGUACUACGCCCUCAACAAGUUCCACCCCGCGCUGGUGAGCACCGUGCAGCACCUGGAGAUCGUGGUGGCCAUGCUGCUGCAGCUCAUCGUGCUGCGCAUGGUUCCAUCCGUGUACGACGUGCUGGGGGCUCUGGUCAUCAUGGUGAGCGUGUUCGCUCUCACCGGAGUCAAGCUGUACUGGGUGGGCCGGGCGAUACGACAGGAUUACGAGGAGAUCCUAGACUCUCCGAUUCAAUGAUGAGCGCUUGACAUCUCUAGGUGUGCGUGUAUGGGUAUUUGUCUGGAUUUGUGCGUGUGUGUGUGUGUGUGUGUGUGUGUGUGUGUGUGU